AUGAAUGCCACAUUUCCAUUUCAGCUCGAUUCGGCUAUUUCAGUAGCAGUUGCUACAUUGGGGACAUGGAAAUGGCUCCUAUUGAUGACGCUGCCCCCUUUGCUUGUCCCCUUGUUCUUUCGAACUCAGCGCACAUCCCUCAUGGGACAAGUGACGCCGGGUGGUCCUUUUGGCAUUUUCACCCUCCACGCUAUCGUCAAAAAUAUCCGACAGAAUCACUUCUACGAAUGGAUGACGGCUUGUCUUGACUGUCCUGGCCACACGGCAGAAAUGAUCAUUUUUGGCACCCGGUUCAUUUUGACGGAAGAGCCGGAAAAUAUCAAAGCCAUCUUUACCUCACAAUUCAGAGAAUACGGCAAGGGCGACAUAGCCCAGAAAUCCCUCGGCCAUUACUCUAGAGACACCAUUUUUACGGUCGAUGGGCCCGCAUGGAGGGAGAGGAGGAAAGAUCUCCGGCCUCAUAUUACUUCGAUCAAAAACUCGGAUAUCCGAAUCACCGAGUGCCACGUCCAACAGCUUCUAGAGACCAUUGCAUCUAGUCCCGGCCCCAUAGAUGUGUACAAUGCUGUCGACAAGGCUCAGUUGAAUGUGGCUCUCCAUCGAUUUUUGGGGCAGAAAACCGUGGCCGAUAUUGACAUGUAUGAGAGGUUUCGGAGGGCAAAACAUAUGAUCGGAUUUACAGGCACUCUGCGAAUGUUCCUUGGCCCCAUCGGUGGCGUGGUGGGAUGGCUAAUUUCCCAUAAUGCGAAAAGGGAUAUUGACGCAUAUCUUGGCACUCUGUUGGACAUGAUGUCACGUUCUUCCCAGGACUUGAGUCUCUUCAUCGAUGAGGGAUCAGCCGGUGAAGAGCGAUACCGGAGUAUUGUCGAGUCCAAGCCAACCAAAGAGCUUUUGUUGAUUCUUUUGCUCGCCGGAAAGGACCCAUUGGUGACGGGCAUUGCCUGGACACUCUAUCAUCUUGCCCGGCAUCCAGAAGCAGUGCAAAGGUUACGGACAGAAAUUGCCUCCAAUAUCGGAUAUGAUCGCCCACCUACUUUGCAAGACCUCGACCAGAUGAGUUUCCUGAAGAACGUCAUCCGUGAAUCCAUGCGCCUCCAUCCUCCGGUCGGUUUCAACUUCCGGGAAGCCCUGGUCGAUACAACGCUACCUACAGGAGGAGGCGCGGACGGUCAGGAAGGUAUCGCUGUUCCUAAGGGCAAUGUAGUGUUUGUCUCCGUCAUUGGAAUGCAACGGCGAUGUGUGGCCUCUAUCGGCAGCGAUGCGGAUGAUUGGCAGCCUGAUCGCUGGGACAACUGGACACCCCCGAAUGGAGAAUAUGUGCCAUUCGGUCUUGGCCCUCGAGUCUGUCCGGGGCAGGCAUUCGGACAGUUUCAGCUGGAGUACACGGUGGUGCGCAUUCUGCAGCGAUUCAGCACGCUGUCAUAUCAUGGACGGGAACAGUCGAUCAAAUUCGAGAUCAACACCAAGCCUGCAUUCCCCACUUUGUGUCACUUUCAUUCACGUGGAUAG